AUGGCGAACGGCCUCCUCACCUACGCUGCCAUCCCCUUGUUGACUAUCGGCCCGCUUCUCGCCCUGUUUAUCCCCUUCGUAUGGCGACUGGUCGGCUCCUCGCUGGGAUGGUACUUGCGUAGGAAGACAGAUGGCCGACGGUGCCACAUCCUCGAGGUGGUAGAGGCGGACGAGAGGAAAUAUCGGGAUUCCAAGGCGGCAAAGGGCCGGAAGGAGGAGAAAGAGGAAUGGGAAACCUUCGGCAACAACAUCGAAGCUACCGACACAUCCGACGGCAAGGUCUACGAUAAGGAUUGGGAUGGCAUCGUGGGCUUUUUUCACCCCUUUUGCAAUGCUGGGGGAGGCGGAGAAAGAGUCCUUUGGGCUGCCAUUCGGGCCACGCAGAAACGCUGGCCCAAGGCCAAGUGUGUCGUCUAUACGGGUGAUCACGAUGUUAGCAAAGAAGCUAUCCUGUCCAGAGUAGAGCAUCGCUUUAACAUCCACCUCCACCCGCCCACCGUCAACUUCCUCUACCUAUCCACCCGCCGCUGGGUUCUCGCCUCUACAUGGCCCUACUUCACCCUCGCCGGCCAAUCCUUCGGCUCCCUGAUCAUGGCCUGGGACGCCUUCUCCCUGCUUGUGCCCGACAUCUUCGUCGACACCAUGGGCUACGCCUUCGCCCUCGGUUUCUCCCGCUUUCUCUUCCGCGACGUGCCCACGGCUGCCUACGUGCACUACCCGACCAUCUCGACCGACAUGCUGGAGUCGCUCGACCCGACCUCCGCCGUCGGCGCCCAGGGCGUCAACGCCGGCAGGGGCACAGGCGCCAAGGGCCGCGCCAAGAAGAUCUACUGGCAGCUGUUCGCAAGACUGUAUUCGCUCAUGGGUGCGUCCGUGGACGUGGUCAUGACCAACUCGACCUGGACGCAGGGCCACAUAGAGAAGCUCUGGGGUCCCGUGCGCAACUUGACGGGUAACGUGCCCGGCAUUACGUCCAAAGUCAAUCCCAUCGCGGUGGUGUACCCGCCCGUGGCAGUCGAGGAGCUUGAGCAGGAGGUCGAGGUUUCGCCCGAAAGCGAGAAGCGGAGGGAGAAUGUUCUGCUGUACAUUGCGCAGUUCAGGCCGGAGAAGAACCACCAACUCAUUGUGCAGGCGUUUGCGGAGUUCUUGAAGAGCGGAUCGGAGGCGGCGAGGGACGCGAAGCUGGUCCUGGUCGGCAGUGUGAGGGAUGAUUACGACUCGAAGAGGGUCUACAAGCUAAGGCUCCUGGUCAACGAGCUGCAUAUCAAGGACCGGGUCGAGUUCCAUCUGGAUGCGUCGUGGCCGGAUAUCUUGGAGUGGUUGAGGCACGCAAGCGUGGGCGUCAAUGGCAUGUGGAACGAGCACUUUGGCAUUGGCGUGGUGGAAUAUCAGGCUGCUGGGUUGAUUUCCGUGGUGCAUGAUAGUGGUGGACCGAAGUUGGAUAUUGUUGUCGAGGUUGAUGGCGAGCCUACUGGAUUCCAUGCUACGACCUCUGGGGAAUUUGCAGCGGGCUUCGAGAAGGCUUUGUCCCUGCCUAACCCGUACGCGGUCAGAUUGAGGGCCCGCAAAUCGGCGAAACGCUUCACUGAGGGGGAAUUCGCGAGAAGGUGGAUCGAGCAACUGGAGAAGUGCGUGGCUAUGAAGGCGGUUGAGAGGCCCAAGAGCAGACAGUGA